AUGUCGACUAUUCAUAAAACUGCUGUAGUCGGAUUUACAAAGGGUGACUUAUACGAAUCUAGCAGACCAUCAUAUACUGAUCUGACAGUGGAAAGAAUUAUAGAAGAAUUUCAAAAUUUAGGACAAGGACAAGAAGUCAAGUAUGACAUUGUGGAACUUGGUGCUGGAACUGGUAAAUUUACUAAUCUGAUUACCAAGAAACUACGGAACGUGAGAUAUUUAGCGACUGAACCAUCUGAUGGAUUUUAUCAAACAUUCCAAGAACUUUACCCUUAUAUAGAGAGUCUACAAUGUACAGCUUCUAAAAUACCAUUAAAAAACCACUCGGUCAAGGACCUGGACCUUGAUGGAGUUGAAUUUGGUGGCAAUAUAAAAUUUCUAGUACAGAACAUAAUGUCUGUGAGUGUAGUAAAUGCAUUAAGUGAAGAAAAUAAACAGAAACUAGGUGAAAAGGUUUACCAGUUUUUAUACAAAGUACAUGGUGAUACAGAAUUCAUCAAAAUUCCAUUCAAAACAAAGAUUGUAAUCUACAAAGUAAAAUAA